ACAGCCUCCACGGGACAGACACAUCAUACAACCCAUUUCUCUCCUCUUUCUCUCUACGUACGUACUAGACGCAUUGACAUUGGAGUAUUUUGAUUGACCCAUUAAUUUGCCGGCUUGAGCCGUCUCCAUAGGCCCCCCCGUUAAAUCCACCCCCACCCUCAUUCCUCUUCCACUAUUAUUUUCCAUCUCCACAGUCUCCUUCUUUGGUUUCAUCAAAUUAAUCUCAACCCACCCUAAACAUCCAUUCAUUCAUCAUGGUUGGGUUCGCGGGAUUCUUUUAUUUCUUGCUCAUAUUCAUUUCUCUGGUUUUGGUUCUUAGAUUCUUGUCCAAAACAUCUCUGCUUCAAAUAUUUAUCAAAUCAUGGCAAUCCUUGAUAGACCGCUUCCACGUCUACCAAUUCUACAAAAUCCCGCAAUUCAACGAGCAUUUCCAAGAAAACCAACUCUACCGCAAGAUCUCCCUCUACCUCAACUCCCUCCCUUCCAUUGAAGACUCCGACUUCACCAACCUCUUCUCCGGCUCCAAGUCCAACGACAUCUUCUUCCAGCACGACGCCAAUCACUCCGUCGUCCACGACACCUUCUUCAGCGCCAAGGUCUCCUGGACCAACCAGAAAUCGUCCCAGCCCGAUGGAAUCAGGUCCUUCGUCUUGAAAAUCAACAAGUCCGACAAACGCAGAGUGUUCCGUCAGUACUUUCAGCACAUCCUCACCGUCGCCGACGAGGUCGAGCAGCGAAACAAGGAGAUCAAACUCUACAUGAACCUCUCCACCGAAAAUGAACGCUGGAGAUCGGUUCCCUUCACGCACCCGGCCACCUUCGACACCGUCGUGAUGGACGCCGAGUUGAAGAACAAGGUCCGGUCCGACCUCGAGAACUUCUUGAAAUCCAAGCAGUAUUAUCACAGACUAGGCCGUGUUUGGAAGCGGAGUUUUUUACUCUACGGCCCCUCCGGUACCGGAAAAACCAGCUUCAUUGCCGCCAUGGCCAGGUUCUUGAGCUACGACGUGUACGACAUCGAUAUGUCCAAGGUCUACGACGAUUCUGAUCUGAAAAUGCUCUUGCUCCAAACGACGUCCAAGUCGCUGAUCGUGGUGGAGGAUCUCGACCGUUUCUUGAUGGAUAAAUCGAGGGCUGUGAGCUUGUCGGGGCUGUUGAACUUUAUGGACGGGAUUGUGUCGAGCUGCGGCGAAGAGCGAGUGUUGGUGUUUACGAUGAACGGUAAGGAUCAGGUGGACCAGCUUGUUAUGAGGCCGGGUCGGGUCGAUGUCCAUAUCCAAUUUCCCCUCUGCGAUUUUUCAGCUUUUAAGAGCUUGGCCAGUACUUACUUGGGGGUCAAAGAACACAAGCUGUUCCCUCAGGUGGAGGAAAUUUUCCAAAGCGGGGGGAGUUUGAGCCCGGCGGAGAUCGGAGAGAUUAUGAUUUCGAAUCGGAGCUCGCCGAGUCGGGCCUUGAAAUCGGUUAUUUCGGCCUUGCAGACCAAUGCGGAGAGUGUUAAGGGAGUGAACAAAGUUGCGCAGGCAUUGACGAAUAGUUCGUCGGGUCGGUCCGUGGACGAGUCGGGUGAACCCGGGGCCGUGUUUUGCAGGGAAAGUGUUCACACGGUGAGGGAGUUCAGGAAAUUAUAUGGGCUUUUGAGAUUGGGGAGUAGGAGAAAAGAAGAGCCGUUAGAUUCAAGUUCCGCGGAUAAGGAUGGUUCGCUUCACGCCGUGAAAGGGUGAAUCUGUAAAUUUCAAAUUUUUAGUGCCUUACCUUUAGGUUCAAUGCCUUGUAAAAUAACCUCGUUACGAUAAAUUUUUAUUUAUUUCUUCCAUAUGAUAUUAUUUUUCUCAAUUCAAGAAGCCUUAAUCAACCAUGACUUCUAGCACUUGAAAGUCAGACUGUAAAUUUUGAUUUGAAUUGGCUGAAGCUCGUGUUUUUGACCUCUA